UCGGCGCUCACCGGCUCCCAUUGCAGCCGCGCCGCCCGCUCUGUGGUGGUUUUUUCCCUCCGGCCGCGGCGAGUCCGGCUCCUCCCGAGAAACUUUGCGGCGGGCCCCGAGGCCCGAGGGCGUCGCGGCGCCGCGUGCGCCCACUUGCGGCCCGCAGGAUGGACCCCAGCGCCCCUUCUCCGAGCCCCUCUGGCCCACAUCCUCCGCCACCACUGCAGCCCCAGUCCCGCUCGCGGCUCAACGCCACUGCCUCGGUGGAGCAGGAGAAGAGCGGGACGUCCCGAGUUCCCGGACCCCAAGUUGGACCUGGACCAGAUGUGGGAGACACAGCUGCCCCAGCCAGGCCCCAGGCCCCGCGUGCCAGGAGCCGAGAGAGAGUGGACGGAACGGGGCCCAUGAAGGGGGACAUGGAAACCCCUUUUGAAGAAGUCCUGGAGAAGGCCAAGGCCGGGGACCCGAAGGCGCAGACGGAGGUGGGGAGACACUACCUGCAGCUGGCCGGUGAUGCGGACGAGGAGGUCAACAACAGCACGGCCGUGGACUGGCUGAUCCUCGCCGCCAAGCAGGGCCGGCGCGAGGCCGUCAAGCUGCUUCGCCGGUGCCUGGCAGACAGGAAAGGCAUCACGUCGGAGAACGAGCAGGAGGUGAAGCAGCUCUCCUCCGAGACAGACCUGGAGCGGGCUGUGCGCAAGGCGGCCCUGGUCAUGUACUGGAAGCUCAACCCCAAGAAGAAGAAGCAGGUGGCUGUGUCAGAGCUGCUAGAGAACGUGGAUCAGGUCAACGAGCACGAUGGAGGGGCACAGCCAGGCCCCGUCCCCAAGUCACUGCAGAAGCAGAGGCGGGUGCUGGAGCGCUUGGUCAGCAGCGAAUCCAAGAACUCCAUCGCUCUGGAUGACUUCGUGGAGAUCACCAAGAAGUACGCCAAGGGCAUCAUCCCCACCACCCUGUUCCUGCAGGACGACGACGACGACGAGCUGGCAGGGAAGAGCCCCGAGGACCUGCCGCUGCGCCUGAAGGUGGUGAAGUACCCCUUGCACGCCAUCAUGGAAAUCAAAGAGUACCUGAUCGACGUGGCCUCCCGUGCGGGCAUGCACUGGCUGUCCACCAUCGUGCCCACCCACCACAUCAACGCCCUCAUCUUCUUCUUCAUCAUCAGCAACCUGACCGUUGACUUCUUUGCCUUCUUCGUCCCCCUGGUCAUCUUCUACCUGUCCUUCGUCUCCAUGGUGAUCUGCACCCUCAAGGUUUUCCAGGAUGGCAAGGCCUGGGAGAGCUUCCGCACCCUCACGGGCCUGCUGCUGCGCUUCGAGCCCAACCUGGACGUGGAGCAGGCUGAGGUGAACUUCAGCUGGAACCACCUGGAGCCCUACGUCCACUUCCUGCUCUCCGUCGUCUUCGUCAUCUUCUCCUUCCCCAUCGCCAGCAAGGACUGCAUCCCCUGCUCAGAGCUGGCCAUCGUGUCCAUCUUCUUCACCAUCACCAGCUACCUGAGCCUGAGCACCUGUGCCGAGCCCUACACCAGGAGGGCCCUGCUGACCGAGGUGGCCGCCGGCCUGCUCUCCCUCCUGCCCACGGUGCCCUUGGACUGGCGCUGCCUGAAGCUCCUGGGUCAGCCCUUCGUCAGUGUGCCCCUCGGCCACUUCUCUGUCCUGCAUGUCAGCAUCCCCUGCCUGCUCUACGUCUACCUGCUAUACCUGUUCUUCCGCAUGGCCCGGCUGAGGCGCUUCAAGGGCACCUACUGCUACCUGGUUCCCUACCUGGUCUGCUUCAUGUGGUGCGAGCUCUCCGUGGUCGUCCUGCUCGAGUCCACCGGCCUGGGGCUGGUCCGCGCCUCCAUCGGCUAUUUCCUCUUCCUCUUCGCUCUCCCGAUCCUGGUGGCUGGCCUGGCCCUGAUGGGCGUAGUGCAGUUCGCCCGCUGGUUUGUGUCCCUGGAGCUCACCAAGAUCGUGGUCACCAUGGUGGUCUGCAGUAUCCCCCUGCUGUUGCGUUGGUGGACCAAGGCCAACUUGUCGGUGGUGGGGAUGGUCAAGUCGCUGACGCGCAGCUCGCUCGUCAAGCUCAUCCUGGUGUGGAUCACGGCCAUCGUGCUCUUCUGCUGGCUCUACGUGUACCGGUCAGAGGGCAUGACGGUCUACAACUCCACGCUCAGCUGGCAGCAGUACGGCUUCCUGUGCGGGCCGCGCGCCUGGAAGGAGACCAACAUGGCGCGCACCCAGAUCCUGUGCAGCCACCUGGAGGGCCACAGGGUCACAUGGACGGGCCGCUUCAAGUACGUCCGGGUGACGGAUAUCGACAACAGCGCCGAGUCGGCCAUCAACAUGCUCCCGUUCUUCAUCGGCGACUGGAUGCGCUGCCUGUACGGCGAGCCCUACCCCUCCUGCAGCCCCGGCAACGCCUCCACGGCCGAGGAGGAGCUCUGCCGCCUCCGGCUCCUGGCCAAGCACCCCUGCCACAUGAAGAAGUUUGACCGCUACAAGUUCGAGAUCACUGUGGGCAUGCCAUACAGAGGCGCCAAUGGCAGCCGCAGCCCGGAGGAGGACGACGUCACCAAGGACAUCGUGCUGCGGGCCAGCAGCGAGUUCAAGAACGUGCUGCUCAACCUGCGCCAGGGCAGCCUCAUCGAGUUCAGCACCAUUCUCGAGGGCCGCCUGGGCAGCAAGUGGCCCGUCUUCGAGCUGAAGGCCAUCAGCUGCCUCAACUGCAUGGCUGAGCUCUUGCCGGCCAGGCGGCACGUGAAGAUCGAGCACGACUGGCGCAGCACGGUGCACAGUGCCGUCAAGUUUGCCUUCGACUUCUUCUUCUUCCCCUUCCUGUCGGCAGUGUGAUCGCGGCCCUGCUGAGGGGCCUUUCCUUCGUGUGGCCACCCAGCCAGACGGCACAGUACUAACACUAAGUGUGCAUGCGUGUGUGUGCUCCAUUUGCAAAUGCCGAGCUCUGGAGGCCUCUGUGUGCGUGUGGUCUGCUCACACUUCUGUGAGUGGCCUGCUUUAACUCUGUCUCCUUUGGAUGCCAGCAGGGCUGGAAAUUGCAUGCACGGUCUUGACCCACAAUCCCGACCUUUAGAGUGGGCUGGCAUGCCAGGCUAGACUGGGAUUCCUGUGUCCUGAAAAGCACUUUACAGAUGGUGUCCUCCCUCCCACCCCACCUCCCAGCACCCAUGGCCCCUUAUUUACUUUGUGUUGGAUUUGUUUUUUAAAGAACCAAAUGUGUUGCUUUGUAAACUCCGUGACAGCUCUUCUUAUUUAUUUGGUGGCUGCUAAGCCUUGACAACUGUUUGCCGAUCCUGGGGGCUGCGCAAGGCUGCCUGAGCUCUGUCAUGUGGUCAGGACCCUGCCGGAUUCCAUCCAUCGGGGCCAGAGAAGCGGCAGCCCCAGCACAGCGUGCCCAUGCUGAGCUCUGGGUCUGUAGCCCACCUCUUGGCUCUCCUAUCCAGUGGAGAGCCAGAGGGGAGUUUCUGAGGGUCUUGCCGGAAUCCACCGGGACCGGGAAAUAUUAAGACCCCGGGGCAUCCCUUCCCUGUCCUUAGAAAGCUUGCCCGAGUUCUGUCCCGGAGCGGAAAGCCAAGGUCCUAAAGCAGCCGAAAUAAAACCUUUGAUGCAA